UGGAGGUUUGAGGUGGGGGCGGCGGUACAUGGGAGGACACGGAGUAAAAGGUAUAAAUGCAGGGAUUGAUGGGUUAUUCUCGUCCAGUCUGGUCGCAGGAAGGCUUGUGUCAGCCACGAUGAUGAUUGGUCUGAUUGUUCUCGCACUCCUGGGUGCUGCAGCUGCAGCGCCUACGGACGACAGGAUUGUGGGUGGCUACGAGUGCACACACAACUCACAACCCUGGCAGGUGUCGAUCAAUAUCGGCUACCACUUCUGCGGCGGCUCCCUCAUCAAUGACCAGUGGAUCGUCUCCGCUGCCCACUGCUGGCAAAACCCCUAUUCUCUGAUGGUCAUCUUGGGUGACCACCACAUCUGGAUGCACGAGAACACGGAGCAGUACAUGUCAGUGGACGCCAUCUACUGGCAUGAGCUUUACGACUACCAGACCAUGGACUACGACAUCAUGCUGAUGAAGAUGGCGCACCCCGCCACUGUGAAUGACUGGGUCAGACCCGUCAAGCUGCCCACAGAGUGCGCCACACCUGGUGAAAUGUGCAUGGUGUCCGGAUGGGGAAACAUCUACUCUGAUUCAGUGUUCAACCCCUUCGAACUUCGGUGUGUGGAGGUCCCCAUCAUCUCAUCUGAGGACUGCAAUCGCUCCUACCCCGGCUUGAUCACCGACCGCAUGGUGUGCGCUGGAUACAAGGAGGGAGGCAAGGACGCCUGUCAGGGUGACUCCGGCGGUCCUCUGGUGUGCAACGGAGUCCUGCAGGGUAUUGUCUCUUGGGGCUAUGGUUGCGCUCAGCCAGACCAACCAGGCGUUUACACCAAAGUCUGCGCUCUGAUGCCUUGGAUUCAAGAUAUUCUUGCCAGAUACAGCUAGGCUGUGAUCUCCCAUCACAGCACUACAUGAGAGAGGGGAAACUGGAGAGAGAUUGAAGAUGAGAGGUGGUGGUGGUGGGUGGUGUCAGAAAGAAAUGCAGUGGGAGGGUGCCUGAGAGAAAGCCACAAGGAGAAACAGCGGAAAAGAGAGAGGAAAGGAGUUGUGAGAUGUUUCUAGUCAGGGCAGAAUCAAUAAAAUCAAACAAAUUUUGUGAUGCA